UGUCCUGUCAUUUGACCGGUUUCAAGUCGAAAAUCCGGUACAAAAUGGAAGGGCAAUCGGGUUACGGCACCAGUACACCUCUCCUGGGUGGGAGCGGGAGACGGUCGGGACUAUUCCGGAGGAAGAAGUCGGUGAAAACGCUAAGGAAGGAGCUUGUGUCAAGGUCGGGACAGCUCCGUAGGAAGAACUCGGUGAACACGCUGAGGAAGGAGUUUGUGUCAAGGUUGCCAGAGAAAGUUCGCUGUGGUGUUGAUGAUGAGUCUCCUUUCCACAUCGAUGUCUCAAAAACCAAAGGUUUGACCAAAGGGGAAAAGGAAUACUAUGAAAAACAAUUUGCAACCUUGAAAUCCUUUGAGGAAGUUGAUGCUUUGGAUGCGUCCACAGAGGACGUUGUUGACAAAAAUGAGCAAGAUGAGGAGCAAAUCCAACAAGAAAGAGCCAUAAAGUUUUGUAAUUAUGCAAAUAUAGUCUUGCUGAUACUCAAGAUCUAUGCCACAAUAACUAGUGGAUGCAUAGUUAUAGCAGCAUCAACAUUGGACUCUUUUCUUGAUCUCAUGGCUCGUAGUAUACUUUGGUUUGCUCACUCGUCAAUGAAAAACGUAAACAUUUAUAAGUAUCCUCUUGGAAAACUGAGGGUGCAACCACUAGGCAUAAUUCUCUUUGCCGCUGUUAUGGCUAUGCUCGGCCUUCAGGUGUUGAUCCAAUCUCUAGAGGAACUAAUUAAGGAUGGACCUUCAGUGCAAAUGUCCUCGAAUCAAUUGAUAUGGUUGUACGGCAUCAUGAUAACUGCUAUAGUGGUAAAACUUGUCCUCUGGCUUUACUGUAGAACUUUUCAGAACAUGAUUGUCCUUGCUCAUGCACAGGUUGACGACGUGGUGACAAAUUUGGUGGGAUUAGUUGCAGCUGUUCUCGGUGAUAAAAUUUACUGGUGGAUUGAUCCUGCUGGGGCUAUUGCCCUUGCACUUUAUACAAUUAUAAGUUGGUCAGGAACUGUUAUGGAGAAUGCAAUGUUACUUGUAGGACAAUCAGCUCCUCCUGAUUUCUUGCAAAAAGUAACAUAUCUGGUAAUGAGGCACCCCCAAGUAAAUCGAGUCGACACUGUCCGUGCUUAUACCUUAGGCGUUCUUUAUUUCGUUGAGGUAGACAUAGAACUCCCUGAAGAAUUACCUUUAAAAGAAGCACACACCAUUGGAGAGACCCUACAGAUAAAAAUUGAGAAAAUUCCAGAAGUUGAGCGCGCAUUUGUUCAUCUGGACUAUGAAUGCGAACACAAACCUGAGCACUCUAUUCUUUUUCGGCUACCCAAUACUGAUUCUUGAUAUUGGAACAGCAGUUGAAACUUGAAAGAGCCAAUAUUGGGUUUGCAGAUUUUUAUGCACAAUGUUCUUCUGCCUCUCAAGGGAUGGAAGUGUUACAUUCUGACAAAUGAACCAUUUCUCUUGGUAAUGGUUGAGUUGUUUGUGGAGAAAUCUGUGUCAUUUGUAUCUAGGCUCUAAUGUCAGAACUGUAUCAUCAAAUUUCUGUAUCAUCCUGAUGUUUUCUGUAUCAAACUUAUGUCCAAAACUCUAUUUUACUCUGGCGCGGGCACAACUGGAAACAGU